CAUCCAUAAUCCUCCAUUCAAAUCCACUCACCAUUUCUUCAACAAGAAACAAAAAUGGUGUCAAGAUUGAUCAAAAAUCUUAUCGUUUUUGCAGCUAUUCUGGCUUGCUGCAGCAAAGCUGCCAAGUCGAUGCAGGGCUUAAACGAGGAUGACGAUGAUGUGAUGGAGAAGAGACACGAGGACUGGAUGGCUCGAUAUGGACGGGUGUAUGCAGACGAGACCGAGAAGGCAAAACGGUUUAGUAUAUUUAAAGAGAAUGUAAAGGCUAUUGAAUCUUUCAAUCAAGCUGGAGAUCGGCCUUACACAUUGGGGAUCAACGAGUUUGCGGAUUUAACUAAUGAUGAAUUUGUGUCCACCAAAAAUGGAUAUAAGAGGCCGGUCUCUCCCCGGAACCCCUGGAGGAGCAUGCCCUUUAGGUACGAGAAUGUGACCGACAUCCCCUCCGCCGUGGACUGGAGAAAAGAGGGAGCUGUCACUCCAGUCAAGAAUCAAGGCGUUUGUGGAUGCUGCUGGGCAUUUUCUGCGGUGGCGGCCGUGGAGGGAAUCGUGAAGAUAUCAGGAGGCGAAUUAGUCUCAUUGUCGGAGCAAGAGCUGGUGGACUGCGACAAGGGGGGAGGAGACCUAGGCUGCCACGGCGGAAGAAUGGACGACGCAUUCAAGUACAUCAUCAAGCACAACGGCCUCACCACCGAAUCCGGCUACCCCUACGGCGGACAAGACCUCGGCCGCUGCAACCUUACCACCGCAUCCUUCCGCGCCGCCAAGAUCGCCGGCUACGAGGAUGUCCCGAUGAACAGCGAGGCGGCGCUUCUCCAGGCCGCAGCCCACCAGCCGGUAUCGGUGGCCAUUGACGCCCGCGGACUGCAACUGCAGUUCUACGCAGGGGGAGUGUUUACCGAAAGGUGUGGGACGGAGUUGAACCACGGCGUGACGGUGGUCGGAUAUGGAACCGGCGAGCGUGGGAUAAAGUAUUGGCUGUUGAAGAACUCGUGGGGUGAAAAAUGGGGAGAAGAUGGGUACUUUAGGUUGCAGAGGGAUAUUGAUGCUAAGGAAGGGCGUUGUGGGAUUGCCUUGGACCCUUCUUACCCAACUCUUUAAACAAUGUGGGAAUUGAAACAUAGUAUAACCUACCUACAUAUAAUACAAUGUUGUUUUAUUAUGUAUUUUAUUAAAAAAAAUAAGCAUCUCACAUAAAAUCUCUUAAGAUUAUGAGUAUGUUUUUUUAGUAGUGAUUCUGUUACAAUGAAAUAUCUGUUCAUAAUUA